AAUGGGCUUUACAUAACAUAACACUCCUACGGCUGGUUUCUAGAACGUCGCCCCUCAUUCCUGAUAUUCUUUUGUAUAUAAGAGGGGUAGGUUUCGCUUUUUCAAUUGACUUUUGAUCUCUCUUUUAUUAAUGAAUUGUUAAUUACACACACACAUACACAAACAUACAAACAUACAAACAACCUCCAUCAAAACCAUGACCUACGAACGCCAACGCGCAAUCGAAUCCUACGGCUGGACAGCCGUCCCCGCCUCUCUUUCCCAACUCAUCCAAACCUCCUCCUCAGCCCAAACUCCCGCCCCAACCCUCAAAGUAACUGACCUCCCCUUUCCCACCUCCCAAAUCAUAAAAACCAUCCAAGAAUACGCGCGUCAAGAACUCCCCGCCGAAACCUAUAACCACUCCAUGCGAGUCUACCACUACGGCGUGGCCAUCCUCACCCACGCAUUCCCAUCUUGGACCCCUAUCAAUCCCUCGAGUAAAUUCCUCGAAAGCUAUGCGCUUACAGCGCUUUUGCAUGAUAUUGGAACUAUACCCAAGUAUUUGCAGGAGACUUUGAUGAGUUUUGAUCUUCAUGGGGGAUUUAUUGCAGAUAAGGUUUUGGGGGAUGCGGGGGUGGUGAGGGAACAGAGGGAAGUGGUAGUUGAGGGGAUUAUUAGACAUCAGGAUUUGGGGGAGGUGGGUACGCAGACGAGGAUUGGGGCGUUGGUGCAGUUGGCUACGGUUUUUGAUAAUAUGGGUAUGAAUCCUGAGUUGGUGGGUGAGGGGACUAUUGAGAAUGUGGUGAAGGAGUGGCCGAGAUUGGGGUGGAGUAUGUUCUUUUUUCCUUUUGAGUUUCUGGGGAUAUAUUGGUUUAAGGGAAGAUUUAAACUUAUGGAAACUCUUGCUAAUAAUAUGAUGGUGCAAAUAGGUAAAUGUUUCUCGCACACUAUUCAGCAGGAAAAUGCGAUGAAACCUUGGGCUCAUUCGACACAUCUCGGUGUGAAAGAUUUCCCGAAUGGUGUAUUGGAGAAUAAGUUGAUGGAGAAAUGGGAUUGAGUGUAUCACAGGAUGCAGAUGGGAUUGUGGGUGGGAGGAAGUGAGUAGGAGUGAGUGAUAUGAUAUGAUGAUGGAUGGGAAGCCACGGAGGAAUGAAUAAUGAAAAGGUAAAAUUGACUUUGAAAAAUUAUCUGGACCCGGAAAUCGGGAGGGGAGGGAGCGUGGCUUGAGAAAAUGAAAAAUAACAUCUACUAGGGCUACGGGUGAUUGCUAUUUUGAUGAUGUCGCGGGACCAAAUUGAACGGUUUCCUCGACCAAAUUUAUCAAAUCCAGAUUGAUAACAUAGUUAAAAAAUCUCCAAUUGUUCUAACUUGUUAAAGCAUAUGAGUACUCAUAUGGCCCAAGAACAAAUCAAUCCUAUACCUAUAUCCUUAAGUAUUU